AUGGGGAUGGGAACGAGCACGUUCGUGAUAAGAUGGAUCAACUUUCUCACCAUGGUUUGCGUCUAAACACUGCUUUUGAUUUCAUUCCGGAUGUUUUAUUCGAUAUACAUUUAUACACUACCCCGCUGCCACCACCUUCCGUAUGCAAUUCGUCAGUGUUCUAUUUUUUAAAGCUACGCUUCCCGUAGAUGGUUUCUUUUUUCUGUAACUCCACAAUCCCCUCGUAUCUUUGGGAUUAUAUGCGUUCUUUCUGUCCAUUGACAUCCUGCAUCGCCAUGAACGAGGCCUUCAGUGCCCAGUUAAUUUAUGGAUUGGGAAUCUUAGAUCAUACCGGUCAAGAGUAUGGGAAUUUUUUUUCAUCUGCUUCAUGGAAAAUUCCGCUUCUGGAAAGAACUUGAGCCGUUUCUAUCUCAAUCUUAUUUCCGUUUACGUUUCUCCAUCCUUCAGCUAUUAGCAGGAGCUGUUAUCGGCUUUGGUGUGUGGAUGAGCACCCACCACGAUGAUUGUAGGAAGUCCCUCGCCCUUCCUGUUCUGGCACUUGGUGCUCUAAUCCUUCUCGUGUAAGUUUGUAUUCUUUCCGCUUUUCCUUUCUUCGUUUCUGUAUUUCUUUUUAUCGUUAUUUUCCUCUCUUUACUGGUGCCAUUGUUUCUAUGUUCAGGUCCUUCAUUGGGUUUCUAGGCGCACUCAAGGAUAUCACCAUAUUGCUGUGGAUUGUAUCCCUCUUGUGUUGGCUUCUUGAUUCUUGCAUUGUUUUUUUUUACCACCUGGCAGUAAAAGAAUUUGAUUUAGCCUUGACAGUGCAACCUCAUUAUCUGGGAAUGCUGUGCAUCAUCUUGUUAGCGAUUCUGGUCUUCACAGUACUGGCGUAAGUGUAAUUUGUGUUUAUUUCUUAGUUGGACCUUGCUAAAAAUAGAAUGACUUUUAUCUUGAACUUUCUUCUCUCAACCAGCAUCCAUGGGCAUGGACUAUCCUUUCUAUGCUCAUUUGAUGCUGGCAUCAGAUGAUGCUUCAAGAAAAGAGACCUCUGAGAUAAAUGGUAAGAAGAAGAUCACGUCUUUAACCAUUAGUCCCAGGGGAGGACAGAGAGGGUGGAACUAUGGAGGAGGAACAAUAAGGAGCACGAAUAACAAGAGGAGACUAGGAGAUCUACUUGUGUGGGAAGCACUAGACAUAGAGGAGCUCUCAGGUGGAGAACAAAGCGUGAGAAAGAUGGUGUGACUUCCAUAGGGUUUAUUAUGUUUCUCAAUCAUUGCUAUUAUGUUUCUCCUUUUGCAUAAAAUAAUGGAACAUCAGCAAGAGCCCAAACUGGUCACCGGUUUUGUAAAUUUGCACUCCAAAAGACUUUUCAAAGACCUUUUUAUACACCUCAAUGUAAAAGGAAAAUAGAAGGGUAGCACACACAUCUUUCUGUAGAUAUAAUGAAAGUUGGAUAGAAUAAGAUGUUUUGUCAGCAAUGUAAAAUUUAGCUGUUACUUAUUUCCUUGAUCUAUAUCUUGAACUUGAGUACUGGAACGUGCUAUUCUAUCUUCGGACAGGUUAUCUUCCAUCAUUUAGUUACCUUCCUAUUUUGGCCCAUAAAUUCGUUCUAGCUUAUUCUAUCCAGCUUUCAUUAUAUCUACAGAAAGAUGUGUGUGCUAUCCUUCUAUUUUCCUUUUACAUAGAGGUGUAUAAAGAGGUCUUUGAAAAGUCAUCGGAGUGCAAGUUUACAGAGCUGGUAGCCAGUUUGGGCUCUUGUUGAUGUUCCAUUAUUUUAUGCAAAAGGAGAAACAUAUAGCAAUCAUUGAGAUGCAUCAUCCUGUUCAAUUUAAUUGAAACUAAUGCCUCACAAUCUCUAUGUAGCCUACCCUCCCCUACAUUGUUGAAAAAUUACUAUAGACGAUAUGGUUUACUUAUUGCUGAGAUUGUUCCUUCACAAUGUUGUGUUUAGUUGAUAGAUAUGGUUUACGUUUUGAUAGAUCCCAAAACUUGCCAUCCUUCAGUUGAAUUAAUUUGCACUCGUCAUAAUGGGCUGAAUCAUGCAAAGAGGUUUGAGAUUUUCAAUAUGACUAGUUUUAACUCAUUUUUCUAGCCUCAUGCUUCCAUUUCGUUUUGUAGAUUUGUCAUAACAAAUGGCGCAUCAGGUCACGCUGUAGCUGGACUGAGGUGAUUCUCUUUAACAAAGUCCCAUUAUCACACAUGAAUAGUUUCUGUUCAUAUUGUGAAGGCUGCCAAGGUACAGAUUGGUCAAAUUGUGAAUCUUUCUCUCGUCACCCAUAAAGUGGAUAGGACGAGAGCUCUUCUGUUUCGUAGGGGUUCGAACAACGUCAAAUCAGGAAUAGAAUUUUAUUUGAAAUUUAUUCAUGUACUAUUUGAUAAAACGAAAUAACAACAUAGACACCCUGAUCAUCAAAGUCUUCUUUUCCAUUGGUUUUUAAUCUUUCAAUUAAAACGAGCCCUGGAGCUUCAAGUUCAGUUCAUAUACUAACUCGGUGUGCCAAAUGCCAAAUGCCCUGGUUUUGACACAGGUGGAGACCCAGCCUAUCCUCCGUGUUACUUUGACAUAAUUCUAAAUUCAAUUAAUGCAUCAAUAUGGUGAAAUACUGAUUAAUCAUUAUAGAAUUAUGGUUCAAGAGUGUCUGGGGUUCACGCUCCAUGAGAGCUUAUUUGUACUGAAACUCGGCUCGAAUUCUAGAUUUAUUAGGUACAUAAAUGACAAUACCUGCAUCUUAGGUUAAGGUUUUGUUAGUGGAAAAUUCAAACGGAUGUACAGGCAAUGUUUUUAUGCCAGGUAUCAUUGGCCUCUCUUGUACUCGUAAAUAGAUGGUGCGCUUUGCCCAUCCUGCUUGUCACUUCUCUUCCGAGUGCUUUCUUCCAAAGGCAUCCAGUCGUUCAUCAAUAAAAAUACAGGGCUGUACGAAGGAGUUACGAACCGAAGUAGGGAAAACAACAAUGAGAAACGUCAGUAAAACAAUAGCAUUCCUUUGAUGUGAAAGUUUUGCAUACUUAUAUUCAACCAGCUUUAUUGACCCAUAUUCAGGUAAUGUAAAUAGCAUUAUUACUGUGUGAGAAUAUUUCCAUUGUUAUCAUGAAUUCAGAAUCGGUGUUUUGAGUGUCUUUAAUAUGCACUUCAAGAUGUUUUUUUACAGUUAUCCCGGCAAGAACAUGUCCCUUAACUUUGAAAAGUAUGGAGUUGGUUACUAUCCAAGAAAAGAACCACAUUUAUAGUGCCUUCUAGUUCAUGUUUGUGCUUAUAACUGUUUAUGAGAAAUGUUUUCCUCUGGAGUGACUAUCGAUGACAACUAUCUCGAGUUUAGUGAAAGAAAACUGGAGAUGCACUCAUGGCUGCAAACUCUGAAAAUUUGUGAUUAGGUACAAGGAGUACCAUCUUGAAGAUUACAGUUCCUGGUUCCAAAAACAAGUGAGACAUCUAACUGCCACUUGGAUUCUGCCUUUUGCUCCCAUCUCAUUGAGCUACACGGUUGGAUCUUAACUUAGCUGAAUGAUGCCGAAAAUUGGAGACGGUUAAAAAGUUGUCUAGUGAAGUCUGAUGACUGCGAUAGACUUCACAAGAAAUACAAGGUCUGAUUCUUGGUCUGAUUUCGCCCAGCUUUUGCUUGCUACCAGAUUUGUAUUACUUAUGUAUGCCUUUGACAGACUCUGAAGGAGUAUAAAGUGGCUGAACUGACCCCAAUUGAAGCUGGCUGCUGCCGACCACCAUCUGUGUAGGCACCUGUUCCUCUCUUCCAUGCCGUUUAUCUGGGGCUCUGGAUAAUGCCGUUUUUCCCAAAAUUGGAUUUACAAUUAUAUUAUUUCGAUUUGUCCUAACGCUGAUCUUUGAUUCUCCAACAUUAUCAGAUGCGGUUACCCAGCCAUAAAUGCAUCCUUCUAUGAUCUGAGCUUUCAUCCAGCAACCUCCAAGGAAGACUGCAAGCUUUAUAAAAACUCACGUACUGUGAGAUGCUACAGUUGUGAUUCUUGCAAGAAAGUGCUUCUGCCUAGAAAUCUCUGAUUUUUCAGCUUUUUCUCUUAAAGAUGCUGACCACUAUUUCUUGCAGGGCUGGUGUCGCACAGCUUAUGAAAACAGAGUGGAGAGUGGUGGCCAUCUUCAACCUAGUUCUUUUUGUUAUUCUGGUGAGUUUCUAGCCUUCCUUUACAUGGUAAGACAAAAAAAUUGUUACCCACUCGCUAAUCUUAUCAGUUCAAACAAAUUACAGAAAUUAUGAAAAAAAUCUGCUAAUUUCCAAUCGUACAUUUUUCUGGCUAAGCUGCCCACCAUUGGGCCUCAAUGGGUGUAGGAUUAAUUUUCCUUUUCUUCAUAUUUUCACCCUGAACAAUUUAUGAUCUAUGUAUAUAUUUGCAUCUUACCAAUAUUAGCAUAUAAUGCGAUAUUGUUCUUUUGAAUGAGAACUAUGUAGUAGCUGAUUAGUUAAUUCACUGGCGGGCUGCCUUGGUUGUUCAUUGGCUUGUUUUGGUGACAGCUGACUGUGUACUUGGUCGGAUGCUGUGCGAGGAGAAGUGCUGCCAGAAGGCGGUCAGGAAAAGUCUGA